CGCUUCUCACAGAUGACCCCUAGGCAAUCAUCAGAACACUGUCGUUGAUACCUAUUGACAAGUCCGCUUUCCCGUAUGUCAAUACCCGUCAGCCGCAGCUGACAACCCAUCUCUUCCUCGAUGCGCACAACGGCUCGAUGAUUCGAUGAUUCGCAUUGCUGUCGCUAGGCCCACCGUGCCUGGAUGCCCGUCCUGAACCCUUUCCUGCGCGCGCUCUUUCAGAGUAGUGUGCUAGGUCAUGCGCUCCCCGCCCAGAACUACGUUCUUCUUGUCCCUACGACCGAAUCCCUCCUUUACGGCCAAGACCGCGAAACCAACAAGAGGUACACCGACCAUGUCGAAGACGAAGAUUUCCUUGGAAGCCACAUCCUCCGAAUCAUCCCUACGACGGCGGAGAAGGAUGGAAAUGUCCGCGACGGUCGUGGCAAGGCGAAAAACUACUCGACCGUCAAUGGUCGCACGGUGAUCCUCAAGGAGAAUACCGUGUAUAGUAACAAGGGGUUCAAACAUUUGAACCAGGCGACUCUUUUGAGCGACUUGCUGUACUAUUCGCCGGGAAAUGAUAUGCAACAAUGGCUCGUCUACUACAUUUCGAAGCCACUGACUGGUCUCUUCGAGGCGUUGCCCAUCAAACCGGCAAUCAUUGGGGAGACCCGAAUCAACCAUAUUACACCUGGCACCUCGUCCACAUCUUCAGAGCCUCCGACCCCGAAAAAGAAAGAUAUCAAGACCUUUGGUCAAUUGUUGGAGAACUUUCCCAUGAUUCAGCGACAAAUGCAGCCCGGCCUAGAAAGAUUGUUCAAUGAGUUUAGUAAGGAAUUGGGAAAGCCUCUCCCCCCGCCGCCUUCGCGCAGUCCAACGCCCAGUACAUUGGACGGGACGACUCAAGCUUCGGAAACUGGAUCUGUCAGGUCGAACGGUUCUGUGAAGUUGCCGUUCAACUCUCCUGCGUAUUUCGAAGAUGAGGAGGAUCUCAUGCGGACGGCCCUGGAGACUGCCGUCACAGCUGCGAUCGAUCUGUUUCAAGGUGUCGACAAGCAGCAGCUUUCCUACUUGGGUGCAACAACCGAUUUGACCGGUCCCGACGUGGAGAAAUUGAUAGAACGUUACGUGGCCGAGUAUGUCCAUCCUACUCUAUUGUUUCCUCGAUUAUGUGCGUUUCACAAGGCGCAAGAUCAAGAACUCGAUCGGCGGAUACGACAGAUGGAAUGUUUAGACGUCUCUCAGGUCGGGAUAGUUCUUGAAGACGGAAGAAAUGGCAAAAGAGAUCUCAUCAACCGGGUCAACCGUGGUGUCGCGGUGUUUCGAAGGAUGGGCGUUGCCGGGAGUCCUCAAGAAAUGCUCGAUAUUCUUCUCGAGACCCAAAAAGUGGUAUCGGAGCCACAGGGUAUUUCGGAUGAAGAAAAAAGGGCAGUGGCUGCAAUGACGAUAAACGCGGAUAUUCUGGUGUCCCUGCUCCUCCUCGUGGUUACUCGCGCUUCAGUCAGGCAUCUCCAGGCAAGAUUGUCCUAUAUGCAGCGCUUCAUUUAUAUUGACGACGUCGAAAGUGGCGAAAUUGGGUAUUCACUGAGUACUCUGGAGGCCGUACUGACAUAUCUCGCAAGAGAUGCCGGUGGUCUGCGAAAGGCAUCAAAGCAGAACCAGUUGCUCUGGAAAGCAGUCAAAAGUGGAAAGAUCGACGAUGUCAGAUCAAUAUUCGAAGAGUCGGCCAUUAUGUCAGACGGCCUUGUCGAAGAACCUGCGGAGGUUCCAUUGUCUAGGAGGACAACAGCAUCUACCAAAUCCUCUGAAUCAUGUUCGAGAGCGACCUUGUCGCGAACAUCGUCGAGUGAGGGUGGUCUGUCGCACGUAUUUCCCUUUCAGGCAGCAGAGAGAAAGAAUCUGCUACCCAAACAGAAGAAAAAGGUGCAGAUGGCAGCUAGGAGCAUGUCAGUCUCAUCGGCAUUUUCACAUUCAUCUAGGGCCGCCACAAUCGAAACGUCGCUGAGCGGGAUUGAGGGCGACACGUCUGUUCAGAGUCUGGCCCAAACACAAGAUGCUGUAGGAAAUUCGGUCCUCAUGAUGGCGGUUGAAAACCAGCGGCCAGAAUGCCUUCGAUACCUGCUGAGUCUUACAGAGCAUUACAGUCCAGAAGGAGUGCUGUCAGAUGUAACUCAGGAAGGGGCAACAUUGUUGAGCGCCGCAGUACAGUUGGCCAACAUGGAUCUCGUUAAUAUCAUUCUGGGUUAUGCUGAGCAGCACGCCGAUGAGCAAGUGUUCCGCGAGUAUCUGUCUGUCAAGGACUCUCGGGGACGGAGUGUGGCACAUUACCUAUUCAAUACUCCUCAGCUGAUCAAAAGACUCGCAAAUGUCCUUCCCUGGCGGCAAAAGGAUAAAAUCGGCCAUACGCCUUUGUUUGCCAUUUGCCGGAGUUAUGACCACGCUGACUAUAGCAGCAUGGUCUCGGAAGCUCUGACGGCUGCAAAGGAAGCUCAACAAGAUGGCGGCCCGCUACGCAUGGAAGACCACAUAGACAACAAAGGCAACUCCUUGCUCCAUAUCGUCAAUGAUGCGACUAUCAUGCAACGAAUUCUGCAAACUUGCGAAGUCGAUCUGAACGCCAUGAACGACAAGAAGUUUACCCCGCUGAUGUUAGCAAGCAAGUACGGGAGAGUCGACAUGGUUCGAAUUUUCCUCAGCGACCCAAGAAUAGAUCUGCAUCUGCGGGAGUCUCGGGGACUGACUGCUGUGGAACUGGCAAAGGAUGACGAAGUACGGAACAGAAUUGACGACUUGACAUUGUUCUCGCCUGCAAAUACAGCCGAUGGCACGGGAAGAAUUACAGCGAUCGUCCGGUCAUUCUUCGUCGAGGAUGGCUCCACAAGAUUCAUCCUCAAGUCUGGCGCCCCGAAUCCCGCGGUCUCAAGCACGACAUAUACCAUUACCACAAGCCGACGCUCGUUGCAAGACUUUGAGAACCUGGCGAAAUGGCUAUUGAUGGAUUUCCCAGCGUCAUACAUGCCGACUAUGCUGGCCUCGAACUUCCGGAAUCCUUUUCAGCUACACUCACGACCGUCGCGCGCAGCACUAUAUGAUAUCCAGACUAGUCUUGACCGGUUUCUUAAGAUCUUGUUGAAACAUCCUACUUUCUCCACGCACGAGAUGCUCUGGGAAUUCUUCCUCGUCCCAGACAUGCUACAAGAACAGAUGGCCGAUCGAGCACGUCUGAAAGCCGAACUGAUACGGGAAAAGAUCAACGAUGAAUAUGAUCCACUCAUAUCCCGGGCAGACAUGAUUGCCGUGGACGGUCUGGUUUCUCAUUCGAGAGACAUUGUGCGGAAAAUUAAUAUCUGUACUAGAUCGUCCAUACGGAAGGGUCACGCUUAUGUUCAAGCGCAUGCGGACUUUGCGGAGGCGUUGAGCUUGUGUUCGGUGGCCUUUGCGACAAUGGGAUCCCCUGCGACGACUCUUUCGAAGAUGCACGUUGACUCGUUUUUGAAAUUUGCCGCCUUGAUGCAUUCCGAGCCGGCGAGUUCUCCUCUGCAGAACUAUGUUUGUAGUUUGAGCUCCUUUCAUUCGACGGUCGCGGCUGUGCAAUCAGCACUGCUGAAGCCGAGCGCGUUGAUCGACCGGAUCACGGCAGCUCAAAGGGCGAUGGACAAGGACAAGUCAAACUUGGUGAACAAUUCAAUCCCUAGAAAAGGAGUCCUGAAGAAUCUCAAUCUACCAUUCCCGGGCACCGAAGAAUCACGUAUAAAGGUGGUUAAAGAUACAGAGAAGAAGAUCUUGGAAAGAGGAUUGGAAAUCGACAAGUUAGGCCGAGAGUUGCGGUAUUCUCAGGAGGUGGUCGUCGGGGAGCUGGCGGGCUGGACGACAUGGAGGCAAGAAUGGGGCCGAGCAGAGAUGAAGCGGCUUGCUCGAGGGAUUGUGGUCCGGGAACAGGAACGGCUGAGAGGCAUGCAGAGAAUACUCAGGGCCUUGAAGGGGAGCUGACGUGACGAGCUGACGUCCAUCUCGGGACCCUGGGUUUGCACAAUUAAUUGGUCAAAGAGGACGACGCGAGAAGGGAGUGUGUCUUAUUUCUUUUGAGCCUAAUGUUUAGUGGCAGACGAAGGACUCGACGGAUGAAUGCGGCAUGUAUAAAACCUGCAACAGCGGAUGAGGUCGAUCCAUCAAAUGAUACCCAGCCGGAAUGGGACUAUGGUAUAGAGCAGCCAGUACACUAUCUAUUCGUCGUCA